AUGGCGCGCGCCCUGCGCCCCGCGCUCCGCGCUCCACGCCCCGCACCCAGCACCCAGCCCCAGGGCCGAGCACCCUGCACCCAGUGGCCAGCCCCAGCGCCCUGCACCCUGCACCCAGCCCCCAGCCCCAGGGCCAAGCACCCUGCGCCCCGCGCUCCGCGCCCCACGCCCCGCGCCCUGCACCCAGCAUCCAGCCCCAGGGCCGAGCACCCUGCACCCAGUGGCCAGCCCCAGGGCCCAGCACCCAGCCCCAGGGCCAAGCACCCUGCACCCAGCAUCCAGCCUCAGGGCCGAGCACCCUGCACCCAGUGGCCAGCCCCAGGGCCCUGCACCCAGCACCCAGCACCCAGCCCCAGGGCCAAGCACCCUGUACCCAGCAAUCAGCCUUCAUCCCCAGCGCCCUGCACCCAGCACCCAGCCACAUGGCCAAGCACCCUGCACCCAGCGGCCAGUCCCAGCGCCCUGCACCCAGCACCCAGCCCCAGCGCCUAUCCACCCAUGUCCGCACCCUGCAGCCUGCCCCCGACGACCAGCGCCAACCUCCCAGCAUCCAACGCCCUGUGCACAGCGACCUGCACCGGCGUCGUCGCCGUCAAUGCCCUGUCACUUAUGCAGGACUCUGUUUCGCCCUGCCGUUGCUCGCUGCGCCCAAAGCCUGGUUGCACUCGCAAUCCCUUUUGGGUUGAAAUUGGCUCGUGUUAA